AUGAUGGUGGCUGAGCCAAAGUGUGGAAUCCACAGCUGUGAAUUUGGCCAGACUAAAAGCGAACCUGCAUCUCCUACUUUAUCUCUGCUCAUCAACUCUCCAAGCUCAGCAAGGCAGUUCCAAGUGAAGGGACCAAGCUCACCAGUCACUGCCCGGGUCAGAGAAGCAGCUGUGCUUCCCUGCCUCCUCAGCCCACCCGAGGAUGCUCAGAACAUGGAGAUCAGAUGGCACCGAGACCACCAAUCUGUACUGGUGCACGAGUACAGGGAUUCUCGGGACCGCACGGAGCAGCAGAGUCCUGAGUACCAAGGGAGGACAGAGCUCCUGAGGGAGAACAUCACCGAAGGCCAGGUGGCCCUGAGGAUCUAUCCCGUCCUCCCUGCAGAUGAAGGGCAGUACAGCUGUGUCUUUGUAAGAUCCACACAGCUCGGGCAAGCACAGUUUGAGCUGCGUGUCGCAGCCUCAGGUGCCCCUCCUCACAUCCACAUUCAGCCUGCGCACAGUGGGAGCAUUAAGAUGACCUGCUCGUCCUCGGGGUGGUACCCAGACCCUGAGCUCCAGUGGAGGGACCCACGAGGACGGCCCCUGUCACAUGACUCUGUGAUGAUGUCUGUACAAGAACAUGGCCUGAUCCACGUGAAAAGCUCCGUCACAGUGAAAGCAAGCUCAAGAGCAGAUGUGUCCUGUGCAGUCCAGAACCCUGUGCUCAGAGAAGAAAAGCUAUCGCGUAUCUCAGUGGCCGAGGGACUUUUAAAGGAAAUUGCUAGAGAAGAUGAGGGAAUUGCUGAAGAGAAUAAGAGAAUUGCUAAAGAACACAAGAAAAUCACUGAAGAAUGUGAGAGAAUCGCUAGACAGCGUGAGGGAAUUGCUGAAGAGCAUGAGAGAAUUGCUAAACAACGCAGCGAAAUUACUGCUGAAGGACGUGAGCAAGAAAAACGUUUUGUAAAACAGUGUCUGAACAUAGCUCGACAAUGUGCAGAAGACAUAGUUCUGGACGAAGACACUGCUCACCCUCAGCUCCAGGUGUCAGAUAAUGGGAAACAUGUUGAAUGUUGGCCAACAGAGCGAGCUGUUCCCGAAAACCGUGAAAGAUUUACCUCUCUCCCAGCUGUGCUGGGUCGGAACAGCUUCUCCAGUGGAAGCCAUUACUGGGAGGUGGACACAGCAGGGAAUGAAAGUUGGACACUAGGACUGUGCUCGGAUUCUGUCAAAAGACACUUCCCUUUAUUUAUCCCUGUCAGCUUUGAGAAAUGCAGCUUCUUCCUAUUCUCCCUGAUUUGAGGAUGAGAUUCUGAAAAGAGCUGGCUGCUCCCCUCACUCGAUCACUGCCAUGAUUUCUCCCCGUGCUUUAGCACAGAGCAGCAGUAGCUUUCUAUUUCACCAGUCACUGUGGCCUCUUGAGUGGCAAUGCCAGAUGUUGCUUAUUUGUAUGACUAUGUCUCUGCUAAAAGCAAUGCGCUCAGCUCCCUACUGUGUGGGAUAGCAACAAACUCAUUAAAUUGAAUCUUAUCAACAAGGCUACUGGCGAAGAUAUUUACAUAUGAAAAACAUCACAUGUACCCCACAGCCCUUUUCAAUAUUUUACCCUGCUAAGUUUUAAAAUGUUUAAUGGACAGUGAUGAUAUGUAUGGAAUGCAUAAGAGGUGAUUUGAUGAAGGGAUGUGCACACGUGGUGAAAUGAUUACCACAGACAUAUGCAGAGAGCCAUCACCUCCCAUGCUGGACGCCGAAUCUUCAGAACACGUCCAUCUUCUCAUUCACAGCUGCACCCUUUGACCUGUGUUUUCCUGUUAGCAUCCCCAGUCCUUUUUCUGGUAACCAGUCUUUUACCCUCUGAUUCUAUGGACUUAGCAUUUUUAUACGAAUUUUAGCUUUCGAACGUUCAUGGGUGUCCUUAAUAAAUGUCAAGCACUGGAUUUCUCUGCGCAAGGACAUCUCUCCUCUGCAGUGAAAGGCUACGUGAACUGGAUAUACUGAAUAAAACACAAGCUAGUGGUCUCCAGCCUGCAUAGUGUUCAGCAGUGGAAGUCCACCUGCCACCCAUGAUCCAGUCUGGGGAAAUUAUAGACAAAACCCAGAGAGAAGAGGAAACCGAACUCUCCCACACUGUGGUGGGACUGAAAAUGUGAGAAACACUAUGGGAAUAUUACUGGAAGAUUCUCAGGAACACACAGUCACCCUAAGGAGAAGCAUCUCCACCGCUAGUUUUGUGCUGUGGAGAAAUGGAACAUGAAUAGAGAAGCUAGCACAAGAUCCUCAUACCAUCUUCUUUAUUAAUUUGUGAACCCAGAAAAAAUGCACAAUUGCCCUUAAGAGAAUUUAUGAAUGAGCUUUAGGAUACUUACACAAUUGAAUAUAAUAUUAAAGGAAAACAAAAGAA